AUGUCCCAGUUCCCUCUUCCAUUUGUUGCUACUAUGAACCCAUACCUCGACUCGCAAUAUAGUCGAAGUAUUCCAUCCAUGAUGGAAGGUGAUCCCUCCCCGGAGCUCCGUUUGGGCAGUCCUCACGGACCGGUCCCUCCAUCUCCUUCCUCAUCCGCAGGCGAGUUCAGAGUGAGCAAGGCCAAAAAAGGGAAACGGGUUUUCACACGAGCCGAGCACCGGCGACGCCAUGAACUGAGCCAUCGUUCCAAGAAGACACAUGCGUGCAACUAUGAAGGCUGCACAAAGGCAUUCCACCGUGCAGAUUAUUUAGUACAACACAUGGCACGACAUGACCCUGAGGUGCCAGUAAAAUCGCCUUCAAUGAGAAGCAACUCUACUUCGUCUACUGUCAGCGCACGCCAGUCGCAGCUCUACUCUGCUAAAUCGCCAGCCCUUACUGGAUACCAAUCACCAGUUGCAAGCGUCAAUGCAGGAACACCAAGCGGUGGAGACCAGUUGAUGAUGUGCUCAAAUUGCCUCAACUGUCAAAAUCGGGUGCAGGAUUCUCCCACCUCAGGGAACCAGCUCUACAACUACUCACAAGGCUCAAGCAUGGCUCUUUUCGGCUCCCAGUCUUCACCACCCGCACCACCUCUUGGACUGGACGCCAUUGAUCAGUAUUUGCGAAGCGUUCUGCGUCCAGAGGCCUUUCUACCACCUGUCCAAGCACAGGGGCAGGUGAGCUCUCCUUUCUGGAACAAUAUUGACCCAAAUCUUCCUGCAUUAAAUACUUCGAGCUACCCACAACACACUUCUUACCCUUGGACGCCGGGGACAGAAAGCUUGCCUUCUCAAAAUCAAGCAUCGCACCAAGUGCCAUACAAUCGAGCGGGCCAGGAGCGUAACUCAUGA